AUGGCCUCAGCUUCCACACCUCCUGUGAAUGUUGAGGCUUCAUCCACGAAGCAGUCGUCCUCGAAGCCUCCGAGACGCCCCAAGAGACCAAAUUACAACCAGAUCCAUCGCCAUCUUCUGCCCAUCGAAGUCCAUCCACUCCCGGUUCUGAUCCCUCACAACCCGUUGUCUUUAGUUGCAAUCGCCCUGUCAUAUCUCGUUCAAGUUUUGUCACCGCCUACCCGUCCGACUUACAAUGGCUACUUCUCCUCGGCGACAUCCUCCAUCCACGUCACCGACCCUCAGACGAUACGCAAACUCUGGGAAAUGGGUUUCUUUGGCAGAGGCAGCCUCAGCCGGAGUGAGCCGAACUGGUUAGAGAAUAGACAGAAGAAAGGACGGACAGCAGAGGAAAACACGGCCUCCCGCAGGGAGCAGAGGAGACAGGCGAAACAAGAACGGGCACGGAAGGAGCAAGAAGAGAUUGACCAAAAGUUAUCAGAAGAGCUGCAGCAGAAUGGUAACGUCACAGGUCCAUUGAACGGCGUCCUUGACCAGGAUUCCGCACCAAAAUCAAACCAGCACGGCGAUGUCAAUGUCAAUGGAAUUCAUGCAUCCGACCGACCGAAAUUGGAUCAGCUGCCUCGGAACGGCAGUCUAAACGGCCACAUCAACGGCGUUCUGACGGAAAACGUCCUCAAAACCAAUGCUCAGAAUAUCAGCGACAUUGGCAGUGUAUUAGAAUCGACCAGUUGGAGCGCGACACCUGAUGUGGAGGAAGACAAGGAAAACAACUCGUUACAAGGGUUUGAGGAGUGGAAAAAGGCUCUCGAAGCGAAUGGGAUCCCGACGCCGCCGCCAACCUCAACUUGUUCAGACACUAGUCAGGCUGAAGGUCGCCCCGUGAAAAAACUGCAAAGAACGAAAACGGUCCGGUUCUCACCCACCAUCGAGGCACGCGAAUUUGACCUGAGUUCUCCUGUGAUAUCGCCCAUUAAAAGCCCCGGCACGUCUCCGCUGGAGGAUGCCAAAGCGGAAGGAGACGAAAAGCCUGUUCCACAAGAAAACCAAGAACACCUGAACCUUUCACUUGAAGAGGCUUUUUUCCUCUCAUACGCUCUGGGCGUCCUCGAUAUCUACUGCGACGACAGCAACACUAUCCUCCCUCCCUCGUCCCUUCUCUCUCUCUUCCGACGUCAUUCAUAUCAUCCUCCCCGGUCGCUGUCGGUCCCGGCAGAACCCGACGACCCUUUCAUGAUUUCUUACGCCGUGUACCACCACUAUCGUUCCUUGGGCUGGGUUGUGCGGAGUGGCGUCAAGUUUUCCACCGACUAUCUCUUGUACAACCGUGGUCCGGCCUUCUCUCACGCCGAAUUUGCAAUUGUCAUCAUCCCCUCAUACACCCAUGCGUACUGGACACAGUCUACGACACCCGAGCCGUGCAAAGCAAACGAACGGAGAACAAGCAAGAAGAGUUGGUGGUGGCUCCACGGGAUCAAUCGUGUCCAGGCACAGGUCCAUAAACAGCUGGUGCUCUGCUAUGUGGACGUCCCGCCGCCGCUGAAAGACGCCGAGAAGCGCAAGGACGUGGAUAUCGGUUGGCUGUUUUCGAGAUACAAGAUUCGAGAUGUCAAUGUGAGGAGGUGGACGCCAAAUCGCAGUCGAGAUUGA